AUGGCGGGCGACAAGGAAAGAAAGGUUGAUGUCUCUCAGAACGUGGCGUGGACGCUGCAGCGGGGAAGCUGGAUAAUACAUGUCUUGGUCAUACUUCUUCUGAAGAUGACGCUUUCGAUGGCAUUCAACGACGACCUGGGGUGGCAGCUCGCGCUGGUCAUCUACAACAUCUCCACCUUCAUCUUCUUCCACAUGAUUCCCGGAGAUCCCUUCAAUGACAGAUAUAGCCUCUACACAUUCUGGGAGCAGCUUUCGGAGCAGCUGGAGGGCACUCCAGACCUCAUCUUCAUAGCACUGUUCCCGCUGAUAGCAUUCACGGCCGUGAAUUUCAUCGUGAAGUGGAACAUCUUCCUGUUCUGGAUAUGCAUCACAAGCCUAUUUCUUGUGACCAUUCCCAAGUUUGGCUUCAUGCAUCUCAGGAGAAUCCUAAUAUUCAAGGAGUAA